AUGCCACGAAGACGGAAAUCUUUGGAAGAAGCUUUGGAAGCUGAACGAAUUGCAUUGGAACGACAAAAACAAUUGGAAGAAGAAAUACAAAGAAAUUUGGAAAGAAUUUACAGAGAAAAUCUGGAAAAUUCAUUACGAGAAAAAGUUUUGAAAGAAUCUAUCGAAAAAUUUGAAGAUUUACGACAAAAGAUUCUUCAAAUCAAAAAUGAAACCAAAACUCAAUCUGAAUGGGAAAAGCACACAAAAUGCGAAUGGCCCGACACAAAAGUUCCAGCAAGUCUUCGGGAUUUUUUGACGAAAUUGAAAAUAAAUUUAAAUGGUCAUUGGCAGUGGCAAAUAAAUUUGUGGCUUAAAUGUGAUGAACGAAGUAUUUUAACUCAAGACAUCAGAGUUCCAGACACUACUAAAGAAACUAUGAUGAAACAACGAGGGCCAAUCGGAAACUUUUAUGAUGAAAAGCUUCAAAUAAUGCUGAAAAUUCGUGAUGAGAUUCGUGCAACGUCAUUUAACUUAUUAGACGUGUUGACAUUUGAAGUUGUUAAACAUAUCGAUCGUGAAAUGCUUUCCAUAAGCCCACAAAUGGCAAAUUACUUUCAUAAAUCAUCCGACUUCACAUGUUUCGUUUGGACAUUUCAAGAUGUUCCAUUGCCAGAAACUUAG